GCGUACCCUUUCAUGGUUGGACUCACGUGACCGGACGGCUCGUAAGGAACACAGAAGGGCACCGACAUGAGCUGCAAUGUUGACUGACACGUUAAUGUCUCGGUUAUAACAGUUACAAACCGCCGUUAAAAACGACGGUUAGUGUCAGUUGAUUUAAAUGGCGUGUAAAGCGGCAGCGGGAUGUUUAACUCGGAGGCUUUUCAGUCCUUUCGGCCUCCGAGCAGCGAGCAGCAGCCGGCAGUGCAGCUCCAGUCAGGCGGCACAGCGGGACAAAACACCGCAGAGAUCUACCUCCAGACCACCAGCCAGCUCCACACACGACUGGAUCGGUCCGCCGAACCCGCUGUCCAACCUGCGGCCGAUCGUUUAUCACAUCCCUGAGAACGAAUCAGAGCUGGAGAAACGGCUGAGACACCUGAGGCAGGAGACGGAGGACUGGAACCACGAGUUCUGGACUAAGCAGAAUAUCACCUUCAGAAAGCAAAAAGAUGCUUACAUCAUCUCACAACUGAAGGCCAAAGGCUUGCCUAUGCGUGAUGAGCAAGGACGACGUCAGUCCCUGAACAGCGAAGAAAUGGCCGUGUUUUACAAAAACUUCCUGGACAAAAACAGAACACGACAUGCAAAUUACAACAAGGAAUGGUAUCGACGUAACUUCACCAUCACUUUUCUCAUGGCCCGAGUCGCCCUUCACAACAUCUGGAGGACUGUUUCUCAUAAACACAACAGCAAGAAAAACAGCACUCCUACAACCUAAUGAUAAAUAAAACCUACCUUCCUACCCUCCCA